UUCCAGUUACAUUUGAUGCUAUUUCCAGAACGGCCUCCCACUCCGAACUCCUGUCCAAUUGAACCGGAACCCACUUGACCAAACCAUACAAAUGUGGUCCCAGCACAAUCAAUUGUUAUUUAUUCAUUAGCUCAUUAACCAAAUGACUGCGGAGCACUGUCACCUUCUGUUUGUUCGGACAAACAUUGACUCUGACUUUUUCCGUGGCUAGAUUUUGGCAAAGUUUGGUUCGGCCGCGUGAUAGCCCAGUUUACAAACUAGAAUUUCACUUUCUUUCGGGGCAAAUACUCGUAUUUGUCUUAGAAAAAGAGCCAGCAGAGGUAGCUACUAUAAAAUCGAGUGGCCUGCUUGGGUCCAGGGCAGUCAGUUCCCGGCACAUCAAUCUAUCAACCCAUCUAUCAAGCAGCACCAUGAAGGUCUUCGCUCUGCUCGUCUGCUCCCUGCUGGUCCUCAGCUUAAGCUCUCCGAUAGAGGGACGCCUCUUCCUUACGAAUCGCAGCAGCAUCUUCUGUGUGUGGAGCGCAAAGAAAUCGUGUUCCAAGACCACGCCCGUGUGCGUCGUUGUACAAGCCACCGCCACCUGUAAAUACUAUCGCAACGAGUGUCAGUACAGCAUCGAUAAUUGUCUGGGCAAAACGGUGUAUGGCCAAACUGGAGUCAUAGAUCCUACUCUGGCUAGAUGUGUGGGGGUUGUCCCUCUCGGAGGAACCGGUACUUGCUAGAAAAUAUAUUCCA